AUGUUCCAUCUUGACUCAAACUAUCAACACAAGGUCUUUGUCAAUGAACCCGAUUUCUAUCUCCGCCGGCCGAUGCGGGGGACGAUCAACGGGGUGGUUACUGUGCUCCGCUCUGACCUUCCGCGUUUCGACUCAGCGGCUGAAGUCACCCAUCUCACAGUCGAUGGGCGCUAUCUUGUCGUGCGCGUGAUUGUUGAAGGUUUGCCACAAUACCUUCACAACGUGUACGCACCAGUGGAUCGCCAGGAGAAACACAAGUUCUUCUCGAGUUUGGCAACGAAUGAAUUUGUAAUCCGAGCAACCCAUCUUGGGCUGGGGGAUCUCAGUACAUCCCUGGACCCCGACUCGACCCGUCGACUCUGGACCUGUGUUAUGACCUAG